AUGUUAUCUUAUCCAGUGAGCCUCCCGAUAAGAUAUUUCGAUGGUUUCCCUUAUCGACUUUACCAACCAGAAGUGCCGCAAUUUUUAAUUUUAUCUUCAAAAGAACAAGAUAAGGAAAAACCUUCGAAACUUUCAAUGGAACCAAUGAUGAUAAAGCGUGCAAAUGGCAAACUCAAACUUGAGAAACUCACACAAAUACCAAAAACUGACAUAAAACUUGUCAAAGCUAUUCAGCAGCCUAAUUCUAAAUUUUUAGUUGAGAAAAUUGCGUAUGCUCCGGAUAAAAGAAAUGUAAAAUUUUCAGCAGUUGAAAUGAAAACAUUUCCAAAAUUUGCGAAAUCAAAAACUCAGCAAAAAUCACAAAAACUUCAAUUCCUUAGACAAGAAAUUGAUGAUGAUGAAGAUAAAGAAGUUGUAACAGAAAAAGCAGAAGCUAUGGGAAUGACGUCAGCUGAUCUCCCAAUUCCAGACUACAGUGCGUAUUUCUCUCGUUCUAUUUUCACACAACCUGGCAAUGGUGAAGAAGCAACUUUGAUUCUUGAACCUAAAGCAAAAGCUAUUUCCGGAAACGAUGGAACUUCUAUAUCAUCUCCAUUAUCUCGAGCACUCUUACGUCGUGGAACAUCCGUUAAAGUUUUGUUUCAACCUCAAUCUGUAGCCAUCACUGGAGCAAAUGGAAUCGCACACGCACAAGCUGAUCUCCUUCUUGACUUCAUAGACGAUGAAUAA